AUGAUGUUGAGGCUCCUCCUGUCUCGGAGUAGGCUCAACUGGGGUAGCUCGCUGGUCUCUUCGUUGGUUUCUCCUGAAGUACUAAAUGAAGCGCUGGAGAUGGUCUCUAGAGAGGAAUGGGAUGGCUCGGAGGAAGUGAUGGUCCACAUGAGAUAUCACUGCCUUCAGUGUUCUCUUUCGGGCCUACUAGGGUUGCUUCUCAACCUCUUCCUCUACCUGAAGCUCGGGGUCUGA